AAAAACAUAAUUUGUGUUCUACUGAAGAAACUAAGUCACCUACAUCUUGGAUGCCCUGGGGCUAGAGCUCCCUCAAGAUGGGUGACUGGAGUGAAUUACUAAAACUUCUUAACAGUGUGCAGGACCACUCCACAGCUGGAGGGAAGGCCUGGCUCUCUGUGCUCUUCUUCUUCCGGAUCCUACUUCUAGGAACAGCAGUGGAGUCUGCCUGGGGUGAUGAGCAAUCGGCUUUUAAGUGCAAUACCCAGCAGCCUGGUUGUGAGAACGUCUGCUAUGACAAAUCUUUCCCCAUCUCACACGUGCGCUUAUGGGUGCUUCAGAUCAUCUUUGUGUCCACCCCGACGCUUCUGUUCCUGGCGCACGUGUUCUACAAAAUGUCCAAAGAGGAGAAAGUCGAGCAGGCUGACAAUGACAACAAGAAUGGCAAAUGCUCAAAGACCCGCAAGGUGCAGGUGAAGGUGAAGAAGAAGGGUGCACUCCUGUAUACCUACAUCGUUAGCAUCUUUUGCAAGUCUAUCUUUGAGGUGAUCUUCCUGGUCAUCCAGUGGUGCAUUUACGGCUUCAGCCUGUCCGCUGUGUACACCUGCGAGCGUUGGCCUUGCCCCCAUCAGGUGGACUGUUUCCUCUCUCGGCCCACGGAGAAGACUGUCUUUAUUAUCUUCAUGCUGGUGGUUUCUCUGGUCUCCCUUUUGCUCAACAUCAUAGAGCUCUUGUAUGUGCUAUACAAACGGAGGAAAGACCAAAACCAGUCCCCCAGUGAGCAGCAGUCUUCAGAAAUCAUAGAACAGCAGGCGAAUAGGCAGUUGAGGAACACAAGCAAUCGACAGCGUAGGGGAGCGUCAGAAUACAUUUAACACCGCUAUAUAUUUAUAAUACAAAAUACUGGCAACUCUAAUCAGUUACACACUGCAAAAAAUGCUGUUCUUAGAAUUUUUGUCUUGUUUUUCUAAUCCAAAUAUCUAAACAUUCUUAGAUUGAGAAGCAUUUUC